UUGUUUUCCUUUUGCUCUACUUAAAGUCAUUUGUUCUAGACUUGUAGACUGUAGUUCUACAUCUUAUAUGUAUUUGUAUUGACAAAAAAAAAAAAAAAAAAAAAAGCCUGUGAGAAUCCGGAAGAAGAAAAGAAAAAUGGAUAUUGUUCCAAAAAUUAUGGGAAAAAUUGGAGAGAUUUCGAUGGCUCUAAUUGGAAAACAUCUUGGUUAUCUCAUUUACUACGAACAGAACACGAAAGCUCUCGAAAAUAAUUUACAGAAACUACAUGAUAGGAGAGUUGGAGUAGAACAAUCCAUCACUGCGGCCGAAUUGAGGCAAGAAGUAACUUCUCCAGAGGUGAAAAGCUGGCUUACAAAGGUGGAACAGAUCACUAAAGAUUUGGAAAAUGACAAUACUAAAAGGAAAUGCUUGAAUGGGUGGUGUCCAAAUCCGAAGGCACGAUAUUCCUCAAGUAGGAAUGCUAAAAAGAAAACCCAAGCCAUUGGUGAGCUUCUACAAGAAGGUAGAAACUAUGGUGGGGUUUACAAUGUUGCCCCUCCACCAGAAACAAGAUCAUCAUUAUCCUUUGAAGAUUUCAAGCAUUUUGAAUCGAGAACAUCAAUUAUAAAUGAUGUUUUGAUUGCUCUAAGGGAUGACAUGACCAACAUCAUUGCAAUAUGUGGUAUGGGGGGGAUCGGAAAGACAGAAAUGGCCAAAGAGAUAGCAACAAAAGCGAAAGCUGAUAAUUUAUUUGAUAAAGUAGUGAUUGCAGUGGUAUCUCAAAGUCUAGAUUUGAGAAGGAUUCAAUCCGAAGUUGCAGAAAAGCUAGGUCUGACACUCAAUCAAGAGAGUAUAGAUGGAAGAGCAAAUGCACUAUAUUCAAGGCUAGUGACGUACAGGAAUGUCCUUGUAAUAUUAGAUGAUAUUUGGGAACCACUUAAUCUAAAGGAUGUUGGAAUUCCUUAUGGAGAUCAACAUAAGAGCUGCAAACUCUUGAUUACAUCACGAAGUGAAGAAACCUGCGAUCUGAUGAAGAUUCAAAAGAUUUUUUCAAUCAAACCGUUAUCUGAACUGGAAACAUGGAAUCUAUUUAGAGAAAUGGCAGGUAAUUGUAUUGAGACUCCCUGUCUGCACCCAAUAGCAAAUGACGUCGCAAAGGAAUGUGGAGGUUUACCAGUUGCGAUUGUCACCAUCGGUAGAGCCCUUGAAAACAAAAGCAAGGAUAAUUGGAUUGCAGCACUUGAGCAGCUUCGAAAGUCUAUCCCCAAAAAUAUUCGUAACUUGGAUAAAAAGGUCUAUUCAAGUAUUCGGUUGAGUUACGAAUUUUUAGAAAGUGACGAAGCUAGGUCAUGCUUUUUACUAUGUUGUUUAUUCCCAGAAGAUCAUAAUAUUCCCAUCGAGGAUUUGGUAAGAUAUGGAGUAGGGCGAAAGUUGUUUGAUCAAACUGAUACCAUAGCAGAAGCAAGACGACGAGUCGAUGAUAUUGUUGGGGGUCUUAGAAGAUCAAACCUAUUGUUGGACAGCGAGGAUGAAGAACAUGUCAAAAUGCACGAUGUUGUGCGAGAUGUUGCCAUAUCAAUUGCAUCCAAUGAACAUGGUUUUAUGGUAAGAUGCGAUAAUAAAAUGGAGGAAUGGCCACAAAAUGAUAGAUAUGAACUUUAUGCUGCGAUUUCACUUUUCUCUCAGGAAUUGAAAAGGCAUCCAGAUGGGUUGGAGUGUCCCAAACUGGAGCUUUUGCAAAUCUCAUCAUCAUUCAGUGAAUAUGGAGAACGUAUUCCAGAGACUUUCCCAGCCAACCUAUUUAGAGGGAUGAAGGAACUUAAGAUUUUGUCCUUCCGUUGUAUGUCCUCCCUGUCACUACCAUCAUCGAUCCGAGUCCUUCAGAACCUUCGAAUGUUGAGACUGGAGUAUUGUGAGUUAGAAGAUGUGUCGGCAAUUGAAGCACUUUUGAAACUAGAAAUGCUUAGCUUUCAUGGUUCUCAGAUCGAGGAGUUGCCAAGGGAAAUACAAAAUUUGACCUUCUUAACGUUGUUAGAUUUGUCAGAAUGUGGGCGUCUUAAGCGAAUUCCACCAGGUGUUCUAUCGAGUUUAUCUCGACUGGAAGAGUUGUACAUGGGACUAAGCUUUGAGUGUUGGGAAUCUCUAGAAGAAAAUGGAAAGGGAAUCAAUGCAAGCGCUGCUGAAUUAUGUUCUUUACAGCAUUUGAUGGCUUUGGACAUUCGUAUACCUAUCAAGCUCUUGCCGAAAGACUUGUACUUGGAAAAGUCAUUGAUGAAAUUUAGAAUAAGUGUCACCGAUGAAAUAGAAACAAGUAAAUAUUGGAAGCCAUCGUAUCUACUUGAAAAUACUCUCGGUCUCGAUUGUAAUGCAAGUGAUAUUGCAGAGAGUCAAACGAUUCGUUUAAUGUUGCAGAAAGCUGAAGUUUUGUACUUGAUAUAUAUGCAUGAUCUAGUGACGAUAUGCCACAGCCAAGUAGCAGUGGGAUCCUUUGGCAGCUUAAGAUUUCUUAAUCUACGCGGAUGCCACUCAUUGAAAAAUGCCUUUCCAUUGUCCAUAGCGAGAGGUUUGCUUCAACUCCAACAAUUGAUUAUAGAUGACUGUUCUGUUAUGGAAGAGAUUUUCUCUGAGGAAGAAAACGAUGACGAAGCAGUGCUGAAAACGAUACAGUUUCCACAAUUGUACCAGGUGAGUUUGCAGCGUCUACCAAAACUAAUCGCUUUUUGUAAAGGCAUCGAAUCUAGUCAUGUUAUAGUGGCGCAACAACCAUCCUUGAAUCAAGAGGUUGAAGGGCAAGACAUCUCUCAUAAAUUACUUUCUUCCAUAAGCAUUUUCUGGGCACCCAAUCUAAAAGAUCUUGAUAUGAGUUAUUGCGAGUCACUAGAAGUCGUAUUUGAUCUUGAGGGACUAGCGGUUGAGGAGAACCGUCAGGGAUUCAUAGCACUUUCUCAAUUGAGAGAUUUAAGUUUAAAAUAUUCAGAUAAGUUGAGACAUGUGUGGAAGAAUAUCCCACGAGGAUUUCAAGGCUUUCAAAACCUAAGCUCUAUUUGUUUAGAAGGUUGUUCCUGUCUACAAUAUUUAUUCACUCCUUCUAUUGCAAAACUACUCGUGGGACUUGAAAGUGUAUCAAUAUAUCAAUGCAGCGAGAUAGAAAACAUUCUUGAAGUUGGAGAAGAAGAAGAUGCAGCAGAGAUCAUCGUGUUCCCCAAACUUAGCUCCUUCAAAUUAAGUUUUCUGAAAAAGCUCAAGAGUUUUUGCCGCCCAUCCUAUUACUUUGAAUGGCCAUCCAUGCAUAUAAUCAGUCUGCGCAAUUGUCCCAACUUGAUAACAUUUGGUUCAGAAAUUCAAAGCACAACAAAGCCAAAGAAAAUAAAUGUGGGAUUAGAUUCGAGACUCCAAGACACUGGUACGACUGCCUCUGUAAAGGAUGCCCCUGAUUAUCUAGAUAGAUGCCUUGCCUGUGUCCCGCGUCGCAAGAAACUCCAAGAGGAUGAGCCAAAUGUGAAUGACAUAGACAUUCAAACAGAGCUACAGUCUCUUAUUCCAUCAAGUUUGAUUAAGAGUUUGCAAAAUCUAGAAGAACUUAAAGCAAAGUAUUGUUAUUCAUUGGAAGCGAUAUUUGAGCUUGAAGGAGGACUAAAUCUUGAGAAAAGCUCUGCCUUCGCUGCAUGCAAUAAGUUGGAACGACUGCGGUUAUGGAUUUUACCAAAGCUGGAGCAUAUAUGGAAGGUGGAUGGUCCACAAGAAAUUACAGGCUUCCACGAGUUGAGAAAGCUAGUAGUAGGUGGAUGUCAUAGUUUGAAAUACUUGUUCUCACCAUCCACUGCAAAACUUCUUGUGAAAUUGGAAAAAAUAAAAGUGACGGAUUGCAACGAGAUGGAAGCAAUUCUAGCAAAAGCAAGAGAUCAAAAUGAGAAAAGCGAGGUGACAUUUCCCAAAGUGCAUACCCUCUCACUUGCCCAUUUACCAAAACUCAAGUGCUUUUGUGUUGAAGCUAAUGCUUUUAAGUGGCCAUCCCUAACAAAAGUAAAAGUAGUUGGAUGUGAUAAAUUGAAGAUGUUUGUUCCAACAGAAGUGGAAACGCCACCUGAACAAGAAUUUCAUGGGCAAAUACUGCACCCUCAAGUCAACAAAGAGGAUAAGCCAAAUGUGAAUGACAGAGACAUUCAAACAGAGCUACGGUCUCUUAUUCCAUCAAGUUUGAUUAAGAGUUUGCAAAAUCUAGAAGAACUUACAGCAGAGUAUUGUAAUUCAUUGGAAGCGAUAUUUGAGCUUGAAGGAGGACUAAAUCUUGAGAAAAGCUCUGCCUUCGCUGCAUGCAAUAAGUUGGAACGACUGCGGUUAUGGAUUUUACCAAAGCUGGAGCAUAUAUGGAAGGUGGAUGGUCCACAAGAAAUUACAGGCUUCCACGAGUUGAGACUGCUAGUAGUAGGUGGAUGUCAUAGUUUGAAAUACUUGUUCUCACCAUCCAUUGCAAAACUUCUUGGGAAAUUGGAACAAAUAGAAGUGAUGGAUUGCAACGAAAUGGAAGCAAUUCUAGGAAAAGCAAGAGAUCAAAAUGAGAAAAGCGAGGUGACAUUUCCCAAAGUGCAUACCCUCUCACUUGUCCGUUUACCAAAACUCGAGUGCUUUUGUGUUGAAGCUAAUGCUUUUAAGUGGCCAUCCCUAACAAAAGUAAUAGUAGUUGGAUGUGAUAAAUUAAAGAUGUUUGUUCCAACAAAAGUGGAAACGCCACCUGAGUUAAUGAGAGUAGAUACUGGAUUCAGAAAGUUUCAAUACAUGGUUGGAGAUCUUAAUGCCACCAUCCAACACAUGAUGAUCAAAUGCGAGGAAUCGCAUGCGCAUGAAGCCUCUUCUUCAUCGUCCUCCGCAUCAAUGUCUCUUCUUUCCAAUUCAAGACUGCAGAGGGAAGAGGAAGGUGUCUGCAGCAACUGAAGAGCUGAAGUGUUCUAUAGGCCUGAAGUGUUUGACCUAGAAUCUGAUAUCGAUGAAGAAUAAAGUUGGGCUACGAGAGGAAAGUGGACUUGCAGGUAGUGGGCCAUGGAGAAUCGCGGCUGGAGUUGAAGGCCCAUAUUACUUUGGGUUAUUUUAGUACGGUUUCGCUUUUAUUAGAGUCAGUAGUAUUUUACAUGUAAUAUUAGCCCGUGGGCUUUAAGGGCAUCUUAGUAUUUUUCCCUGUUAUAGUAUAAAUAAUCAGGGUCUAGACGGAAGGCUGCGUCUGAAAUCCUUUUAUGUACUGUUCUAUUACAAUUUGGAGGUGCUCCCCUCGAAUAGAGCUGUUUGGCUGAAUUAAUAUACAAUUUCCAUUUAGUUUACUUCA